AUCACUUUUUUAAACUCUGCUGCGUUCGUUCAUGCUACUCAAAUAUGGAUUUUUCAUAUUGCUUAAGUAAAAACGUCGAGCUACCCGUGUCAAUUCGAAUUGCUACGCUUGAAGGAUCGUGCGAUCGAAAACAGUGGACGAACAGUUUGGACGACAUUGCUGAAGGGGUCAACUCUGACUUUUUUGUUACGGUGCAGUUGUAUGGCGAUAAUAAGCCGUUGACAGUGCCUGUUCGGACUAGCUACAAGGCGUUUACCAACCAUCAUGCCUGGAACGAAUGGUUGACGUUACCGAUAAAAUAUUGCGACUUGCCGUCUUCGGCUCAAUGUGCUAUCACUGUGUGGGAUAUUGUUGGACCACGGAAACCUGUACCUGUAGGCGGCACAACAUUGGAAUUAUUCGGUAAACACUUCACUUUACGCAGGGGCAAGCAGAAACUACAUAUUUGGCCGGGGAAGGAAGCGGAUGGCCGAGUAAAUACUACAACUCCAAGCAAAGUCAAAUUGGACGAUGAUAUGGAAAAACUUGAAAAGCUUGUCAAACGGUACGACUGUGGAGAUAUACGGCCAGUUGAGUGGUUGGACAAGCUGGCGUUUCGACAGAUCGAGCAAAUCCAUAUGAAGGCGGCAGAAAGAGCGACAGAAAUGGCCUUGUAUGUCGAUCUUCCCAAGUUUGAUUUCCCAGUUGUCUUUGGAGAAACGGAAUAUACCCUUCCAAGUGUAGCGUCGGCCUUAUCCAAUCCACAGCAACCAUCAAAUCAAACAAACGCUGCUAUUGCAAAUGCCAUGAAUCAGCCCAUGUAUACCGAGAAUGGAAAUCCAAUCCAAUCAUCCAAUACCCACCCUACCGAUAACCCACAAAAUUAUUCGCUUGUUUUGGAUCUGGAUAUUGCUCGCGAUAAUCCAGUUGAAGCCAAGCACCGCCGUUUAGUCCGUAGCCAUAGAAACGGACCCCUGGACCGUGAUCUGAAACCAAAUCCUAAAAUUCGUGAUGAACUCAACAAUAUCAUGUCAUACCCUCCAACACAAACACUCACGACCGAAGAAAAAGAUCUUGUCUGGAAGUUCCGAUUUUAUCUCACGCGAGACAAAAGGGCACUCACCAAGUUUCUCAAAUGUGUGGUAUGGACGGAUCCAACCGAAGUCCGCCAAGCAGUCGAUUUGCUGCCACUCUGGGUUGACAUUGACGUUGAUGAUGCGCUAGAGUUGCUGGGUAAAGAGUUUGGCAAUCGAUCGGUACGCUCGUAUGCUGUCAACCAACUGCGAAAAGCAGACGAUGAUGACCUGCUGUUGUAUUUGCUACAACUUGUUCAGGCUCUCAAGUUCGAGCAUCUGGUCGAAAAGGGUCCACAAUCAUAUGACUCGUCGUUGCUUCAAUUUCUAAUUGACCGAGCAAUUCGAAACCCUAUCUUGGGCAACUACUUCCAUUGGUAUUUGAUGGUUGAAUGCGGGGACAAGGUAGUCGGAAAAAUGUAUGGGAAGGUUGCAUUUCAAUAUUUUACAACGUUACUCGAGGCUCCUAAUGGAUAUAAACGACGCGAUGUGCUUCGAGAACAAGGGGAACUAGUGCUGUCUAUGUCAAAGCUAUCAAAAGAGGUCCGACUAAUGAAAGACGUCAGAGCUAAAAAGAUUGAAAAAAUGCGUGUAAUGCUGUCUGAUCCUAAAGGGAUGUUGGCCAAUAUACCCGAUCUUCCGUUGCCACUUGAUCCAGCAAAGACCGUAUCUCGAGUCAUUCCUGCAAAAUCUAGCAUCUUCAACAGUAACCUGCAGCCAUUACGAUUAACAUUUGUUUGUCAAGACGAGACAGAAUAUCCGGUUAUUUUCAAGAAUGGUGAUGAUUUGCGACAGGACCAGCUUGUGAUUCAAAUUAUCACGUUGAUGGACAAACUGCUACGAAAGGAGAAUCUCGAUUUAAAGCUGACGCCCUACAAAGUACUUGCUACUGGAACAGAGCAUGGAUUGGUACAGUUUAUACCGUCAAAGCCUCUUGCUGCGGUAUUGAACGAGCAUCAAAAUAGCGUUGUCGAAUUCUUGAAGCAACAUCACCCAGACGAUGGGCCUGACAACAUUAUGGGAGUCGAUGCUCAGGUCAUGGAAACCUAUAUCCGCAGUUGUGCCGGAUAUUGUGUCAUUACGUAUUUGUUAGGCGUUGGCGAUCGCCAUUUGGAUAACCUGCUACUUUCUCCAGAUGGCCAUCUAUUCCACGUUGAUUUUGGAUUCAUCUUGGGCCGUGAUCCAAAACCUUUCCCGCCGCCCAUGAAACUAUGCAAAGAAAUGAUUGAAGCGAUGGGUGGUGCAAAUUCACGUCACUAUAACAAGUUCCGACAAUAUUGCUAUACAGCAUUCACAACUCUAAGACGUAACGCCAACCUGAUUCUCAACUUGUUUGCUUUGAUGGUGGAUGCGAACAUACCGGAUAUCAAGAUCGAACCCGACAAGGCAGUCUACAAAGUCCAGGAAAAGUUCAGAUUGGAUUUAUCCGAGGAAGCAGCUAUUGCAUAUUUCCAAAGCCUGAUCUCAGAAAGUGUUAAUGCACUUUUCCCUCAGAUUAUGGAGACAGUUCAUAAAUGGGCCCAGUAUUGGAGAAGCUAAAAAGUCAAUAAAUCGCAUGCUUGUUUGUCGCAGCAGACCCCGGAAUGAAAAAUUGUAUUGACAAGAGUGCUACGGUUUAAGUGGGAUGCUUGAUAAUUUAGCUUUGUGCUGCCAAACACACACACAGAUGAUCAUCAUCAUUGUUGUCUGACAGCAGAACAUAUCAAGGGGCUGAUUUUAUCCGGAUUGCUGCAAAAGGGCUCAUCCAGAUUUUGUCAGUGCUUUUCUUUCAU